UUGCUGUUGUAAUCAUUAUCUGGUGUCCAGCUCAAUAGUUUAAAACGCUGCACAAAUGAUGGGUGUUUUAUGUUGGAUCUUGGAGGAAAGUGAACAGCGUAAUGUAUGUAUAGUAAAGGUACUAUAUCAUACCACAGGUUAGUUACAGUCAAUCACAGUCAUUUGCUUCACAAAAUGACUCGCAUUAGGCCUAUCUUCGUGGUUACUAAAACGUGCUUUAGUAGUAGAAUAUGAGUCUGUAGACGUGCAUGUUGAACCCUUACUUUUGUUUUGAGUUGCUACAAAUUUCAACACAAAUGUUAAUUUCUCAUCAACUAACACUACUCGUGUAUAGAUUAAGCUACUCUAGAUAAGAGCAUCUUCUAAAUUACUCAAAUGAAAUGAAAAAUGAGAACCUUUGGCCAUGUCAAAAUCACUUGUCUUAUUUGGGCCUGCUAUUCAGUUGCCAUCUUGUAUCAUCAUAUGAGAAGCCAAAUGUAAACUAUUUGAUGUUAUCCUUCUCAAACAUUUCUUAAAUUAAAAUGCGGAGUUUUCAUUAGUUUAAAUGACUGAAUAUGAACAUCAGGUGCGUAGCGGCGCACAUGCAAUGUUUUCAACCUUGCCUUGUUUUAUUGUCGUUCAAAUCAAGUGAGAUACAGAUUUACAGAUUUACAUUUUAUUCACGGAAUUACCAACUCAGAAUUGACUAGAAAGGAAAGCAUUUUGGACAGGAAUGGACUGGAAAUGAGCUCCAAUGUCAUCUUUGACAGAAAAGAGAGCAUUUACAGUUUGCUUAUUUCCAAAGAGCCCAUCCUUUUCCUGUGCAACAGUAAGAUAUACCCAACAUCAUCAUCAUCAUCAUCUCCUCAAGGCCGUGGUUUAAUGUGGUUUACUGCUAAAUAAAGGGUUUAUUUAUUCUAGUUUAGUUUCGGCUAUGUGAUAAACAAGUGACUUCAUAGUUUUUUUCUUGAUCUAUUUUGAUUUAAUAAGGAAAACACAACGUCGGCUAGUCGGAGCAAUUUUCGUUGUGCCAAUGCCAGGCUUUCCAUUGGUUCCUGUUUACAUGAUGCCCACAGGAGACGUGGUGAUUGGUGGCGGUUUACACGUGACCAGACAACUUUGUACAUUUGACAGAGAGUAGGAGGGUUUGGUGGAGAUCAGAAAAACGACAGCACGAUAAAAAUUAGUAUUGUUGCACUUCACAAAUUAAUGAUCAUGAGUUCGUAUUUGAUAAACUCGAACUAUAUCGAACCUUCCUUUCCUCCAUGCGACGAAUAUCAACAGAACGGAUACAUCCCCGCCCCUACUGAGUACUACGAACGGCCAAAAGAUUCGGGCUUUCCCCAUCAUGACGAGGCGUCGUAUCCGAGGUCAAACUACACAGAACCGAGCUACGACUACGGCAAUGUCCCCAGUAAUGGACUCGACGAUUUUACCGACAGGCAUCAGGCACAACCUCAGCCCAUUGCCCAGAACCAUGGCCCUCGCCUCAACCCAGUCCCAGACAGCGGUGUGGUGGAGGACGUCAGCAAAGACUGCAGCCUCGCUACUGAGUCUUAUCCCGGUGCACAGAAGGGCAAGGAACCGCCGGUGGUCUACCCCUGGAUGAAGAAGGUCCAUGUUGUCAAUGCUAGUUACAGUGGAGGAGUGCCCAAGAGGUCCCGCACUGCCUAUACCCGCCAGCAGGCUCUCGAGCUGGAGAAAGAAUUCCACUUCAACCGCUACCUGACCCGACGCAGGCGCGUGGAGAUCGCGCACACGAUGUGCCUUUCCGAACGUCAGGUGAAGAUCUGGUUCCAGAAUAGAAGGAUGAAGUGGAAGAAAGAUCAUAAGCUUCCGAACACCAAGAUCCGCUCUGCGAGCUCAUCCUCGGGAGCCCAGCAGCAGCAGCAAAUCAAAACUGGCACGCACCAGCAGCUCGUUCCCACGCCUUGCGCCGCGACCCUAUAGUUAUGGAACCCUCGCGCCAAACCAACAGACUGAGAAUGGCAAACAGAACACAGAAAAGGAAUUUUGUGGACCGAUUCUCGAGUAUGUCCACCAUGGUAUUACCCCAUUCCUUGGCUUUUGGGCCUGUCACCUCCUUUCAAUACCCUUUCCCCUCUCAACCUCAACCUCCUCUCUCCGUUUUUUCGCUCUCUCCUAAUUUUUUAGUUCGAAAUCCGUCACUUGCUGCCCAAGAUGGCAACUGAAAUGUAUUUGUUUAUUAAGACAGAAGGAUAACUCACACUCGAAUGUAUCACAGGACUUUGGAUUAUAUGUAUCAUUGCAUAGAAUGAAAAUAAAAGAGAAUGAGACGAGAGAUAAGUGAGGCCUCAUUUUUAUUUUUGUUCUAUGCAAUAAUUUUGUUUAUUCUCAUGGAAAUAUAUACUUGAAAGGAAGACGAUGUUUUAGGAAAGCUCGGGGUGCCCGUAUGAGACCUCUCGGCAGGUUUAGAAUGAGACAGGGUCAGAGUUAGGGUUUAGCUCGUGAUGUGUGAGUGAGUUGGUUUACUGUUGAAUGUAUUAUUAAGUCGUGUAAUGUCCAGGUGACUUUCAUCCCUAAUGAGUAUAGACAAAUCAUAGCAAAGGCACAAUACUGAAUCCAUUUUGUAGGCUUAAAAAAGGCAACAUCGUUUGUUUGUUUGUUCGUGUAGCAGUGCAGACUAGUUUGUCCAUAUUUUGUGGUGUGCUCUAAACUGUGAAUAUUUGUAUAUGUUGUCUGAUUAAUGGACGUUGUAAUAAUGUAUUGUAAUUUAGGCCCAUGCAAGAAACUGUUCCCGUGAAAUAAAUAUGUACUUAAAUUA